GGGCUUUUGCCGUAUAUUUAUAAACCAAUGGCAUAUACUUAGUUUCAACUUUCACAAGUGCUUAGACUGAAUAAAUAUUUUUUAUCUGAUUUGAUUUGACUUAUCUACCACAACAAUAAUAUCUACCACACUAACAAGUACCACAAUAGGUAAAGAUCAUGAUUAUAUUAUCUUUAUUGUCUUUCUCCCUUAUCUUAUGUGGCUAUUAUGCUGCUUUUUUCCUUUCAUUUGUCUACUACAUUUUGUUUCUUUCUAUAUUUUGAUUCGUCGGCUUUCAGAUUUUUUAAUAAAUAUGUAAAAACUUUUCUUAAUAUCAUUUCUGACUUACAAUAGCAAACGGUAUUAGUACCUAAUUUAAUAUUUAUUAAUCUUUUUAAAUUGCGAAAAUAUUAAGUUCAUAUAUAUAAAAAUCUACGAAUAUAUGAAAUGGAAUGGCUAUAAGAAACAAUAUUACUUAUUUAACAUAAAUACUGGUAAGUUCGACAGUGAAACUAAUAUUCCGGUAGCCGGUUUAUGGAAGAUGACUGUUUACACAGCAAUUUUUUCCACAGGUGCCAGAGGAAUCAAUUCGAUACUUUUCCUAUCGUGUGUCCAGCUCAACGAGAACAAAAGGCGGUGGAGGUUACAGACAUAGAAAACAUCAACACCGUUAUAUAGCACCGGAAUUCAACUAUACAGCCAAAUACUGGGCGCUUGUCAGUGAGACCACUACUCUUCCACCAGCCAAUAACAGCAAACAUAACAAAUGUACUUUGAAAGAAGCACAAAGUGAAGAAAUGGCUAAGAUACAAGAAAGACCAAGAGUCCCACCGGUUACUCCCAUAUCUCUAUGGGUAUCUAUAGCGGAACUUCACGCACCAGCCCGAGGACGCCAGCAGCUGACCUGCACAGCUACGAUUCCAGAUGAAGUAGGCCCAGGAGAAAAGUUUGCUGAUGUCAAAAAACAGACUGUUACUGUUGCGGUUAACGAGUUCAGCGUGAAAAAACCUCAUCCUGAGACCAGCCAAGCGAAUGCGACUGCCACCUGUCUACAAAAUUACCAUUCGUUUUGGCUCCUCGGUUGUGGAUUCCUUCUCCGCGAGCUCGCACUCCAAUUGAAUUAA